UGUGUGUGUGUGUGUGUGUGUGAGGGAAAAGAGGAAAGUCGUCAGUAGAAUGGAUAUGUGCCCUCUCUCCUCCACGCGUUCUCCUCCUCCUCCUCCUUUGUCUCAUCUCAUCUCUUCUCCUUCUCCUUCGCCAGCGUUGCACCCUGGGCACCCUUGGAACCGGCCCACGCGGAAAAGGACAGUUGUCGGUCAGACGGGCGGCUGAAAACUGAACUUCAAUGUCUGCAGGGGAUCAGAAGAGUGGUGGGGACAAGCCAGAAGACACGGUGCCUGUGGCUAAGGUAUGGCCAGAGGUGGAGAGGGCCGAGUGUUUGGCCCGCGGCGCUGCUCUGAAGUGGGCUUCAGGUGUUUUCUGUCAGCCUGAGCAUCUAGAACGACUGAGCCAGUACAAGAAGAGAGAGAGUCAGAGGACUGCCUCCAUACACACCAGACUCAAGUCCAUGGUCCAGUCGUACCUGGAGGGGGUAGGCUGGGGGCUGGAGCAACUCCGGGAGGCCAGGGCCGAGCUGAAGGAGGUGUCACAUGCUUUGAAGAAAGCAGGACUGGAGUCCAAUCGAAACACAGAGGGGGUGAAGUCUCUGGAGAGGCUGAGAGAAGUGUCUAUCAACCACCGUCAGCUCCUCGCUGCUGUCAGCAACCUGCCACGUCUUUACUCUGUGCGUAGCAUGGUGCUGGAGACUGAGCGUCUAGUGGAGUCCCGGCGGCUCCUGGAGGCCCACGCCCAGCUGAUGGAUCUGGAGCGCUGGCAGGACGACAUCCUCUGGCAGCUCCAUGAGGCUAAUGGGAUGGCAGGAAGUGCACUCAGUAAAGAGGACCAGGAGCUGGUGGCCAAAUAUUUCUCUGGUGUCGGGCAACUGGUGGACGCCCUGCGUAAGGAGCUGUGGGCGGUGGUGAGCAGUAGUCUGGCUCUGGCCCGACAAAAUCCAACCCCAUUUGUUUCGGCGGUGAGGAUUGUGGAGCGGGAAGAGGCCCUGGACCAAGCUUUCCUGGAGGAAAGAGGGCGCAGCAGAGGCAACACCAGGCCCCUGCCCCCAGGGCGACCUCGCUGCUGGAGAGCAUGCUUCUUCCAGGUACUAGAGGAAGCAGUUUCUGCACGGUUCCGCAGUGUUUCCUACCUGCACACGCGUGGUCCGGGUCUAGCAGGCCACCUCUCUGCUCUCCAACACGGUAUCAUGGCUGACCUGGCCACCGUACGCCACCUGCUGGAGCACUGCGUCCCCCCACACUACCAGCUGACAGGAGCGUACUUGAGGGCCAGCCAUCGCUGUUUACAUGCUCACCUGGCACAGGUUAGCAGCUGGGACCUGGAGAGUGGGGAAAUCUUUGCUGUGCUCAACUGGGUGUUACGCAUCUACAACAGCCCGGACAUGAUGGGUCACCCAGAGCUGGUGGCCGAGAGGGAGAAAGUAGAACUGGGACCGCUCAUCUCCCCCGAGGGACUGGAGCAGCUGCAGAACAAAUAUGUACAAAGUGUUCGGAAGAGUGUGUCUGAGUGGAUGCACAAAGCGUUACAGGUGGAGCUGCAAGACUGGCAGAGAGACCAGGAGCCAGAUACAGACCAUGAAGGUUUCUACCACACCAGCCUGCCCACUAUAAUCACACAGAUGCUGGAGGAGAACGCCCAGGUGGCUCUGAUGAUCGGGGAGUCUCUACGAGACCAGACAAUACAGAUGGGUCUGUAUGAGAUGGAGAACCUCCUAAACAGGUUUCGAGAAGCCCUGGUGGAAUUUGGGAAGGAGCAUCGCAGGAAUUCAAGCAACAACAAAAACAAAUACUACCUCCACUAUCUGCUGGCCUCCAUCAGCAACUGUAUCAUCCUCAAAAAGUCCACGGAGAGCCUGCAGCAGCAGCAGUCGUCCCGGUCGGCCGGGCAGUUAUCUCGCACUCCUCCCAACCCUCUGACCGCUCUGGACCGGGCAGUGAGACGGGCGUGUCGCCUGGUGAUGGAUCACCUCCUGCUGGACCUUCAGCCUUUCCUCCCAGGCUUGCUGACCCGACCCUGGCUGGUCCAGGGAGACCCCACCCCAAAACUGUGCUGCGUGCUGGAGCGUCACCUGGAGCUGUACGGCCGCGUUCGACCGCCAUGCAGACAGCGUCUGCAGGAGGAGGCCCAGUGGCUGAUGGUGGUGGAGUACGUCAGGGCUCUGAUGCAGAAGAAGCUGGUGUGUCGCAGCGCCGAGGAGAGGAGGCAGCUCGCCCAGCAGAUGGUUCAGGACGACCAGCAGUUUCGAGAAAUCCUCCACGGCCUGGAAGGUGAAGGGUCAGUACCUGAAGUGAACCCUUUGGCCUUACUACCCGUCCUUGCUGACUUCAUCCGACUGACAGACCCCAGCAUGCUCACUCUGGAAGUUUCUGGACUCACAGCCAAAUACCCUGACAUCAGUGAAGAACAUGUGUCUGUACUGCUGGACAUCCGGGGGGAUGUCUCCAGGGACAUCAGAGGGUCUGUACUGGACUUGCUGGAGCAGAGCGCCCCCCCUCUGCCUGCAGGAUAUCGGCCCAUCUUCACUGACAUCCUGGUGCCUCCCUCCACCAUGGCCUUCUGUCUGCCCACUGCCAAGUGUGCAUGACAGGGACAGAAACUGUGGUCCAAACCCACCUUUUCCACAUUAAAUCCACGACGUGUAACGUUAGCCAGCCAAUCAGACAUUACUACAUCUUGGUAGGAGCAUGCUGCGUGCUGAUUGGCUCCCUGACUGUUGAGAUUUACUCCUUAGUUAUUGAAAUAGGGUAUUGAAUGACGAGGCAUGUUUCAAUACUCGAUACUCCAGAGGACAUUCGGUCAUGAAUGGCCAGCUUGUGUUCAAGUCUGCCACUCGUUAUUUCUAAGGGAGCAUUACAUAAGUUUCUUGUUUUUUUUCCUGCUUACACGCACCCUUCGAACUGGGAUCCGCUUAGUGCCAUCAUCAUCAUCACUGUCUUUUGCCUUUUGUUACCCACUGGAGAAGAUUGUGGGUUCAGUGCCUUGCUCAACGGCUCCUUAACAACAUGUGUUGAAUCAUUCGAGAGUGUCACAUUCUCACUUCCUUCAUUUAAUCUGGUGACAUUCUUAAACUGAUCUAACUUCAGCUGAAAUGUGUUUGUCUGGUACAUUUCUGAAGUUAUGAACAACAAUAGCUAAAUUGGUUACAAGGUAAAACAAUAUAUUCUACUCCAUCACAACUUAAAAUACACUCCGAAAUCCUGUAACACGACGUCAGAAAGCUGCCUCUCUCUGUGUGCCGGUGCACGAUGCUGUCAAACGGGUAACGCUGCUUUAAAGGCUCAGUCUUCCCUGUUUAUUGAGGUUUUAAUGUUCUGCUGAACAAAUGCUCUGAAUGCCAGUCGCAAAAUUCCUUUCACCUUCACUGUAUUUGUGUGUUAGCAGACAUUAUAGAGGCAAA